CUCAUACUGUAGUGUUGUUUUUGUUUUGUUUUUGUCGCCAAGUAGUAUAAAAAUCGAGCCGUUCCGCUGUCGAGAACAGAUCCUGAAACGAGGGAAGCAAAGACAAGUCUGAAUCUCGUGAAACCACGUCUACGGGAGAAACCCCGUGACACAGCAGAUUUCUUACAGACAACCAUGAGAGGGGGAUUUCUUUUUCUUCUAGCCGCAGUGGCUUUUGUCGGUGGGAGAGCGGCGUUCACCUGUCGCUCUGAGUAUGGCAACCGACUGGAGCAGUUUAACGGCUACAGAGCCAGGGUGGAGCUGCCCUGCAAGUACAAUGCCAUCAAGGAUCAGCAAUGCGGUGACUACAUCAUCAACGUCACCCCAGGUAUCACCUUUAACGGCGUGGAUUACCUCUCUGCCACGGCCUGGUUGGGUGUCAAGAGGAUCUCCGACGGCAAGUUCCUCGAGUUCCGCACCAGCUACAAGAUCGCCGGCAAAUACCUGACUGAGUUGAAAUGCGAGGGGUCGACAACCCUUCUGCCGAUCGUGAAGAAGGACGGCGAUCUUGAGUUCGCCGACAUCUUUAACUACACUCCCGAAGAUGACGGCCUUGGUGUGGUCUUCACUGAGAAACAAAAUACCUGGUCAUUCAGCUUCGGGCUGUAUCAGUUUAAAGGCAGUAGAUUCAAGUCUUCUGACUGGUCCUUCACUUGCAAUGAUGACAGCGUUCCACUAGUUCCGUAUCCUGAGCAGCUCUGUGGAAAUACCAGUAAAAACGUUCUGAAGGACAGGACUGCUGGCUUCACUCAAUGGUCAGACGACGUAGCCACUGUUUUGCUCGACGCACUCAAUAAUUCACAGACUGUCCAAUACGAGCAACUCGAAGACUUCUGCUUAGUCAGCCAGGACAAGCUCGUCAACCUCUGUCCCGACGACGCAGCGAGAGAAAGGACCAUCGCCGCGUGCUGGAUGAUCGUGGGUGAGAAAGGUCACCGCAAGUGUCUGACCAAGUACACCUUCCCACCCAUCGAAAUCUUUGCCAAUUGUGUGGAUUGGAUGUGUAGUGGAGCACCACCCAAGGACCCAAAUAAAAGCUGUGACAAGGUGGCUGAAGCCAUCGACGACUGUCGCGAGUUUCCGAUUCUGACGAGCCUGGUGAAGGCGUCCAAGUGUUACAGCGGCCUCACGUACCGACUGAAGGACGACAGCGAGGGUGACAGCUGUCCCUAAACCGUUGAAGUCACAACAUUUGGCAGCGAUAAUGUCACCCAAAUUUUAAUUGCAUUAGUGUAUUUUAGCUACAAUUUUUCAUCUCUAAAAAAAUCUACGCUUUUGAUUUAGAUGAUCAUGUUUUCUAAUCUGACAUACGUGUCAGCGUUUGCUGACGGUCCUUUUUCUCCAAAGAAGAGCAAAAGUUCCCCUGUUCUUAUUAAACAAGUCUCAGAGAAGAGCAUUGUACUGAGCAGUGUUUAUCCGGAGUACUUUAGCCCUGCAGUCGUGCUGAUUGAAAGUCUUAUGAGGGUGUUUUACUUUGAUGCUUUUGCUUUCUGAUGUAUGUUUACAGAAGUGCAUGCCUUCUGAAUAAAGUUAAUUGAUCUAUGAA